GUUUAUUCUGUUGAUUAAUUUCAUACGAACAAACAUAACUUGAUGAGAUGCCUUGACGUCUGAGACGCAUCCUUCUGUAGACAAUAAUAUCUGGAAUCAGCAUGGACAUUUGAUUCAACAUGGACUUCCUUACACUCUUCCAGGUGAUUUCUUUCAGCAUUACUGCUAAAACAGCAAAAAGUAUUGACAACACUGGAGAACAGUUUGUUGCGGCGUUCUUCAGAAAUCUAGACUUGUCCAGAUUUGACGCUUUUCUCAUUGUUACUGGAGUGCUUGACGUAAAUGUUACAGUAAACGUCAUUUACGAGCAAGAAAGGAACAAAUUCGCAUCUCUUCAAGUAAGUCCAGGAACUGUGAAGCAAAUUGCUUUGAAAGAACAUAAUGGGGAAAUUAACAUGCUGUUUCCUGUUCUUAGAAUAAUUGCGUCACAUCCGGUUAGCAUCACGGCUUUCUUUGAUGGACCAUCAUCAGCAGCGUCAUAUCUUGUCUUUCCGCUAGAUGUUGCUGGCGAAGAAUACAGAAUGAUGCCUUUCUGCCAAAAUUCAGAAGAAAGUAUAUGUGUUUGUUCAAUUGUAAGCUUAAAAAAGAAUACCAUGGUAAUCUUAGAGAAUGAAAACCACGGCAACAUAUCGGUCUUUACCCCCGAACAUGCCGUGGGAAGGAACACAGUUGAUCACUUGUCCCUACCACACACUAGAACCCCUUUUCUUGUCAAAGAAAUUUACAGUCACGUGUCCUUGGAGAGCCCAGACGAUUUCACGGGACUUUUGUUGCGAGCCAACAGUUCUGUUGUUGUCUUCUGCGGAGGAAGAAAACAGGAUGCGACCAUGUCUAUGGAACAAAUACCACCGGUUGAUUACUUCGGUAAAUAUUUCUAUACAUUUCCUAUUGCGUAUAACUCUAUGGCCCCGUCAAAUCUCCGAUUCGUCGCCCAUUAUAACUGUACUAAUAUAACAACGGUGCAGGGUCACUACUGGCUAGAUGCCGGGGAAAUUCAGGAGAUUUCUACUAAAAAGGUUGUUACCAGCCAUAUUUCUUCCGACAAACCCAUUGCAAUUAUGCAGAUCUUCUCCGGUAACGUUCCUAACAGUCGGUACCCUAGUUAUCAUGAAGGGAUGUUACUGCUGCCUGCCAUUGACCAGUAUGUGUCGACUCUGAUUAUCCCUCGACGAAACAGAUUGAACAGAGCAAAGAAAAUGAAAAUGUUCGUGGGACUGAUCACUGAUGUGUGCUAUACUCUGCAGACUUUUUCCGGAGACCAUGGUAUCCUUAAGAAAACUUUGAGCAGUGGAAUUAUCGUGGAGUACGAUGAUAAUGGAGUGGCGAUUAAUCUAACACGGGAUUACGACUGUAAAAUAUGUAAGGGUGGUUUUGGAGGGUACGCAUUUCGAACAAAUGUUCACGGCAACGAGGCUUCAUUUAGUACAAUUGGAUAUAAUUUUAUAUCUAGAGAGAGUGAAAAUCUCCAGCACCUUACAAGGCCUUGUGGACAUAAAGAAGAGGAUAGUUUUACUCACAAUACGUCUGAAGCACCGGCACCAAAGCUAACCGCAAAUGUGACUCUAAGCUCUCUCGAGUCGACACCAUCAUCUACAGCUGAAACCAAGUCAACAAAUACAGAAUCUUAUGACUUAGAUUUCACCGAAAUAGAAACUAGACAAACAACAAUUACAUCAGAGUCAACGAUAUAUCAAUGCUCAAGAUGUCCAUGUCAACCAAAGCCAACUCCCAGUUACCCCCAAACGACAGAGGAAGAGCUCCAGGAGAAGAUCUUAGAAAUCAAGAAAGACCUCAAGAUCAGGAAGAACGAUCUAUCGUCCUACCGCCGGAGUAAGACAAGUGCAGGCGAUGAGCGGAUUUCUGCUAAGGGUAUUGGGAUUGUAGGCGCCAGCAUCCUCUGUUCCAUCGUAUCCCUCAUUGUGAUAAUGGACUUCCCCACCCUGGCCCAUCAGGCAGUUGUCUUGUGGAGGAAUAUGCGUGGUUGUCUACGGGGGGAACCGUGAAUAGAUAUUUCUUCAUAGAAAAAGAUAUAUAUUUUACACAUAUGUUUACUUGUUAUGUAAACGAUAGCAAUUUUUGGUGCUGCUCAAUACAGCGCCGAAGGAAAUAGUCACUGUUAAGGGGGGACAAUAAACUUGCUUUUGUCUUCAUAACCUGUAAAUAGGUGAUUUAUUUUUUUUUAUUUUUAUCGAAACAUAUUUUACUUAUGUCAGUCACGAUCUGAUAAAACCAGAAGAGCUUCGAGAUGAAACGUGAGGAAAUUUGCCGGUGAAUAGCUUUAUGACUAUUUCUCGAUGAAGAAAUAGCACAAAACCUAUUCCGCAGU